AUGCGGGAAAUUAAUGUAUUUGCUCAAUCUUAUCAAAUGAUGGGUGAGGAAUUAGAAAAUCAACGGCGUUUAGAAAUGGAAUCUGAUGAAUUAUUACCGGAAUUACAAUUAUUAUUUACUUUAAGGCCAGGUAUGGAUAGACGUCGAUAUAAUGCUCAGAGAACUAAUGAAGUAGCUGCUGUUUUUUAUACAACUGCUGAUGGAGAAAUUCCAGAAUCAUACGUUACAAUACGUAAUAGAAAUACUAAAAUUUUACAAAAAGUUAGUAUUAUGGACCCAAAUGUUGAACCAUGGAUAUAUCCAUUGUUUUAUCCAUAUGGCACUCAAGGAUGGCAUCCAUUAUAUGCUGCACAAAAUGAAAGUCCUUCUUUUGGUCAACUUUUUAUUGUGGAUUCAAAUGAAGCGAUAGAUCAUCGUCUUAAUCAAAAUUCAUAUUUAGAUUUUGAAAAUGCACAAAAUCUUGAACAUAUAAUGCGGGAAAUUAAUGUAUUUGCUCAAUCUUAUCAAAUGAUGGGUGAGGAAUUAGAAAAUCAACGGCGUUUAGAAAUGGAAUCUGGUGAAUUAUUACCGGAAUUACAAUUAUUAUUUACUUUAAGGCCAGAAUUACGUACUGAAACAUAUCAAGGUUUAAAAGAUUAUAUACAAACUAUGGCGAAUAAUUUAAAUGCUCGUAUUGGAAAAAUGGUUGUACUUCCUUCUACAUUUAUUGGAUCGCCGCGUAAUAUGUUACAAAAUUAUCAAGAUGCAAUGGCAAUUGUUAGUAAAUUUGUAAAGGGGGCUACAAGUUUUAAUGAUUUGAGAACUGUAAAUGGAGAAUUUUGUCAAUCAUUUUCUGCGGCAUGUUUGGCGUUAGGUUUAAUCGAAGAUGAUGAUGAAUGGAAACGAGCUAUGAACGAAGCUAUUGGAUGGAUGAUGCCUCGACAACUUCGUAGAUUAUUUAUACGUAUAUUAUUACAUUGUCAGCCACUACAUCCUGAAGAGUUAUGGGAAAAUUUUAAAGUAGCAAUGUCUGAGGAUUACAUUCGACAUUUUGGUAUGUUACAAGGAGAAAAUAAAGCUUAUGCGCAAAUUAAUAGUAUGCUUUGUGCGGAAGGUAAAAAUCUUGCUGAUUAUCCACAAAUGGAACAGUUAAUAGAAAAUAGCGGAGAGGAGGAUUACAUGACUCUUGAAGAAACUAUGGAAAUAGGCACUAAACAAUACAAACAAUUAAAUGAUAAGCAAAAAGAGAUAUCCGGGUGGAUCAUAAUGGAUAAAACAUUUAUAUACACAACUAUCUAUUAUUUAGCUAGAAUUAGAAAUAAACGCGUGUGCACAAUGGCUUUUACGGGCAUUGCAGCGACAUUACUACCUACUGGAAAAACAGUUCAUAAGACAUUUGGAUUAUCGGUUCCAUUAUUUGCUGAUUCAUCAUCUGCUAUUAAAAUCCAGUCAAAAGAAGCUCAAUAUUUGAAGAAAACUGAUAUUUAUAUUUGGGAUGAAACACCAAUGGCACCACGAUAUGCUUUAGAGAUUAUGGAUAGAACAUUGCGUGAUAUUAUGAAUAAUGAUUUUCCUUUUGGUGGAAAAAUUGUUUUAUUAAGUGGUGAUCUCAGACAACUUUUGCCUAUUAAAAUGCAUGCUACUCGAAGUGAAAUUGUGAAUCUUUCUAUUAAAUUUAGUUCUACUUGGAGACAUUUCGUAAAAUUUUCUUUAACACAAAAUAUGCGAGUUCUCCCAGAAGAAAUUGAAUUUGCUCAAUUUUUAUUGGAUAUGGGAAAUGGCAUAUUAAAUGAUUUUAAUGAUAAUAUACAAAUUCCUGAAAGUUGUGUAGCGCCUAUUAAUGCUGAUAUUGUGGAAGAUAUAUAUGGUGAUUUAAUACGAAAAAAGGAGUUUGGUAAAGUAGCUAAAUGUGCGAUACUUUCUGCAAGAAAUGUUGAUGUAGACGAAAUCAAUAAAAAGGUUGUUGAAUUAUUAGAUAUAGCUGAUGAACGAAUUUAUACAAGUGUAGACAGCGCUGUAAAUGAUGAUAAUGGUGAUAUCGGUGAAGCUUUGUUACCAGAAUAUUUAAAUAGUUUAUCUCCACCAUCUCUUCCUCCUCAUGAAUUGCGUUUAAGACCAAAUUCUAUCAUUAUAUUGAUUAGAAAUCUUAGUAUUAAUGAAGGUCUAUGUAAUGGUACUAGAUUAAUGGUUAUAGAGCUUGCAGAUCAUUUAUUGAAGUUCAUGUAA